GACCCACCUUCCCGCUCUUUUCUGAGUCAGCCAGAUUCCACUACUAAUUUGUGCUUUCCGCCAAUCCCUUCUUCCUCUCUCCGAAGCCCUAAUUGCUGAAGAUCACCCCCAGCCCCCAACGCUAUCUCCUCUCUCGAAUCUCUUUCUCAGUUUCUCGUCACUCUCUCCGACGACCUCAAGCUCUCCCUUCCCUGCGCUCGCUUCUCCGGCGGCAGAAGCAGACGGAACCGCAUCUGGUCCCUCGGCUGGUGGUGGUCGUUGUCUUCUUGCUUCUCACGGUCUCUGUCUCGCACCUGGUCUCGUUCUCUCCCUUCCCUGCGCUCCUCGUCGCGGUAGCAGAGGCAACAGAUCCCGGUUCGCUGGUCUUCGUUGUCGUCUUCUUGUUCGAGCCUUGCCGUCAGCUUCUCCCUCGCCAUCAGUUUCUCCUUCGACGUCAGCUUCCUUCGCGCAACCCGAUUUGGUCAAUUACCGGUUCGGUUCUGAUAACUAUGGCCACACGAGUUCACUUCUCCCUCUCCUAGUUUCGGGUUUCUAUAUGGUCCUGAACAAUUCUUGAAGCCCACUCAGAGAGCCAACUUUAUCCUUGAGAAAAUGUCUGCACCAUCAUCAUUGAUAGAGUCUCUAGUUCUUCGGCUCCAUGAGAUCUCAGCUGUCAAAUUUGGCAACUUCAAGCUCAAAUCCGGCAUCUCCUCACCAAUCUACAUAGAUCUCCGCCUCAUCAUUUCUUACCCUUCCCUUCUCCAGCAAAUAUCCCAAACCUUGAUUUCUGCUGUUUCAUCCACUACAUUUGACCUUGUAUGUGGGGUCCCUUAUACGGCCUUACCUAUUGCGACUUGUGUCUCUCUGGCACAGAACAUUCCCAUGGUAAUGCGUCGCAAGGAAAUCAAAGACUAUGGCACUUCUAAAGCCAUUGAAGGUGAUUUCAAGGCUGGCCAAAGUUGCUUAAUAAUUGAGGAUUUAGUUACCAGCGGCACAUCUGUUUUGGAAACAGCCGCACCUCUUCGUAAUGCGGGUUUGAAGAUCAGUGAUGCUGUUGUUUUGAUAGAUAGAGAGCAAGGUGGAAGGGAGAAUCUGGAGGAGAAUGGCAUCAAGCUGCACUCAAUUAUCAAAUUGACUGAGAUGGUGAAAAUUCUGAGGGAUCACGGGAAGCUUGAGGAAGAGACAGUUAGGAAUGUUAUGAAAUUCUUAGAUGAAAAUAAGAAGGUUGCUGCUUUGACAAAGCUGGAGAAGCCUGCAACCAAAGUUAAGGCUUUGUCAUUUUUGGAGAGGGCUAAGUUGUCCAAGAACCCAACAGGAAAGAAGUUGUUUGAGAUAAUGGCAGUGAAGGAGAGUAACCUAUGUUUGGCUGCAGAUGUUGGCACAGCAGCUGAAUUGCUUGAAAUUGCCGAGAAGGUUGGACCUGAGAUAUGCUUGCUGAAGACUCAUGUUGAUAUUUUGCCAGAUUUCACUCCUGAUUUUGGUUCUAAGCUUCUCUCGAUUGCAGAGAAACAUAACUUCUUGAUCUUUGAGGAUCGUAAAUUUGCUGACAUUGGUAACACAGUAACCAUGCAAUAUGAAGGAGGGAUCUUUCGUAUAUUGGAUUGGGCCCAUAUAAUAAAUGCUCAUAUAAUCUCUGGUCCUGGAAUUGUGGAUGGAUUAAAAUUGAAGGGCUUGCCUCGUGGCAGGGGUCUAUUGCUGCUUGCUGAAAUGAGUUCAGCUGGUAACCUUGCCAAGGGAGAUUAUACUGCUGCUGCACUGAAAAUUGCCGAGGAUCACUCUGACUUUGUAAUUGGCUUCAUCUCAGUCAAUCCAGCAUCGUGGCCAGGGUCACCGAUAAAUCCUUCUUUCAUUCAGGCAACUCCUGGUGUUCAAAUGGUAACUGGUGGCGAUGCAUUGGGGCAGCAAUAUAACACUCCAUAUUCAGUUGUUCAUGAUAGGGGCAGUGACAUUAUCAUCGUUGGCCGUGGCAUCAUCAAGGCAGCUAAUCCUGCCGAGGCAGCUCAUGAAUACCGUCUUCAAGGAUGGAAUGCAUACUUGGCAAAGUGCACUUGAAGGAUCUAUGUCAACAAUAAAAGGAUGGACUAAAUGUGGUUUUUUUGUGCUAACCAUAUUUCAACACUAAAAGGAAGAGCCUAAAUGCACUUUUAAGGUUGUCUUCGAACAGUAAAAGGAUGAACGAAAAUUGUGUUCUUGUUUGUGCUAACUGAAUUCCAACAAUAAAAGAACAAAAACUCCUUUAUUCUAGUAAAAUAAAUUAAUAAUUAAAUGAUAAUAUAUCGUAAAAAGAUUAUGUCAUAUGUUAUCAUCUAAUUUAUGGAAUAACUAAUCUGAUUCACAAUUAUAUCAUUCAG